AUGGAAGGAUACUCAAAGGAAUCGAAGCAAGGAGUGCAGUGUGUUUCAAAUGAUAUCGAUUUCAAGGAGAUUAUAUCCAUUUUGAAGCGCGAUGGCGGCAUCAUUGUUAAGGGGUUAAUUCGAGAAGAAGAUAUUGAUAAGGCCAACGAAGAGGUCAAAACGAGACUCGAACAAGAUCAACCAUGGGACGGGGAAUUCUUCCCAAUGGAAACCCGCCGUGCUCCUUCAUUGAUUGCCCGAAGCCCAACGUACACAAGAACUCAAUUGAUGAACCCAUUAUUUCAAGCGGUCUGCGCACAUUUUCUCACAACUCGAAGCUGGUUCUGGUGGGGAGACAAACGAAAAGAGUCAGUUUCCAAGCCAUAUGUCAUGUCAUGUACAGCCAUCCAAGUUGGUCCUGGUGCGAAGGCGCAGCCGUUGCACCGCGAUUCUUUUGUCAACCAUGCCAUUCUUCCCGAGAUCGACGAGUGGAAUGAUGAGCGAGAUGAGAAUCGAGAAACUGGAAUUGGAAUGAUGGUUGCUGGCUGUAAGGUCACCAAAGAGAAUGGCGGUACCCAGUUCAUUCCCGGCAGUCAUCUAUGGGCCACGGACCGAGAGUCUCAUCCAGAUGUGAAAGAUUGCAUAGUCGCUGAGAUGGAAAAAGGAGACGCUUUCAUCAUGUGUGCCUCAACAUAUCAUGGAGGCGGUAACAAUACGACCGCUGACCAAAAACGCCUGGUCUAUUCUUCUUUUGCUUGUCGGGGCUAUCUGAGACAAGAAGAAAAUCAGUUCCUGGCCGUCCCAAGAGAGACAGUGAGGAAGUAUGAUCGAUCAGUUCAGGAGUUUAUGGGGUAUUCCCUCAGUCAACCAGCGGCUGGGCAGGUCGAACAGCUAGAUCCGAUCUAUAUUCUCUAUCCGGAGCUGCUAAUGGAGAUAAGACCAACUGACUUCUGA